AUGGCACAACCCCCUAAAACUUUAGUGGACAUUGUGUUCGGAGCCAUGACGGUUGGCAAACAAGGUGCCGAACAAGCUCGCGUACACAGCUUGGAAGAAUGUGCAUCCCUUCUCGACGUCUUUCAAAAAUACGGACACUCCGAGAUCGACACCGCCAUUGUCUACGGCGGCGGAAGCUCAGAGCAGUAUCUGGGCCAGCUACACUGGCAAGACCGUGGACUCGUAAUGGACACUAAGUUCUCGCCCCGCGCUAACAUAGGUCUUGGACCAGAUGUCAAAUCUACUCAUUCUCCGGAACAUCUGCGUCUUGCAUUGAAGAAGUCCUUGGAGAGUCUGAAGACUGAUAAGGUUGACAUGUGGUACUUACAUGCACCAGACCGGACCACGGCAUACGAGACCACGCUCCGUGAAGUCAAUGAUCUUCACAAGGAAGGGUAUUUUAGAAGAUUCGGCAUUAGUAAUUACGCUUCCUGGGAAGUAGCUCAGAUCUGUGAGAUUUGCGAAAGGAAUGGUUGGAUUAAACCAGUCGUGUAUCAGGGUGUGUAUAACGCCCUUCAUCGUGGGGUGGAGCCUGAAUUGUUCCCGUGCUUGAGAAGGUACGGGGUCGCAUUCUUUGCGUUUAACCCACUGGCUGGAGGCUAUUUGACGUCGAGGUAUACGAGGGAUAUGCUGGGUGCGGACGUGGAACUAGAAGAGGGGUCUAGAUUCGAUCCAAAGAGGAAGCAGGGUCAAAGUUACAGGAGUCGGUAUUGGAAUGAGGAGUAUUUUGAUGCUCUGGAGAUCUUAAGACCGGUAGCGAAGAAGCAGGGUCUCAGUGAAGCGGAGUGUGCACUUAGAUGGAUGGCCAACCAUUCGCAACUCAAGAGGGAGUUUGGUGAUGCGAUUAUCAUUGGAGCUAGUAAAGCGGAACAGCUGGAGGAAAAUCUUAUAAACCUUGAAAAAGGUCCACUUCCUGAAGAUGUGGUGAAAGCCUUGGAUGAGGGGUGGGAGACUGUGAGGGGAAUUUGUGCCCCGUAUUUCCACUAA